AGAGGUGGCGCCGGGGGCGGGAGCUGCGGAACAGCUGCCGGAGGGGGCACAGCCGGCCCCGCGAGGAGCCGGACAGCGGAGCGCAGCCGGCGCGGUAACCGCAGCCGGGCCAGCGCCGCCGGGAGCGCUAAUGAACCAGCAGAGGAGCACAAGCAGAACCGCGCUGACACGGAACGGGGACGGCGGAGAAGAUAAAACGAUGGACGGUGUGAAGCUGAGAAAACUCUGCAUUACUUCGGUUUCAUACUCGGUCGUUGCGUUUUACCCAAAGAAACGGGGAAAGAAAUAAAUUGAGAAAAGUUCGGUGAUUUUUCUCUGGUGCAGAAGCUGAAGAAGCAGUUCAUGGUGGUAAGGUAAAGUGUGAGAAACCAUACUUCAUUACUUUUUUUUUUUUAAACUGUGGUUGAAUUCCAGUGCACUGUAGCCUCUAUUUGAAGUGGUUUUGUCUGCCGUCCUAGAGCAUGAUUAACCAGCAAGGACAGGUACCUGGCACUAAGCUCAGUUCUCCUCUUCUGAUGCUUUUGUCAUUUCUCUCUCCUCCAGCAGUUAAUCCAGAGUUUACACUAGUGUAAAUAUUAAAACAUCUCUGUCAGGAGAGUGGUUCUAAAAACCUGUAAUAGGUACAAGACAUAAGUAUUAAUAGAUCUUAUUCUCAAAUGUAUGAGUAAUAACUAUUUUAUACUUAAAUACCUUACAGACUUUGGUCCAUGCAACAAUAAAAGCUCUACCCAAAAAUCAGAGAAGCCAUUAUAUGUGUGUUCUAUGUAAACUGGGUAAAGAGACUGUGAAAAAGUGCCAACAGUCAUACUGGAUGAAAACCCAAACAAACAGCUCAUUUUCAGAUGAAUUAGGCUGCAUUACAGAUGCAACUGGUGAGGAACAAGAUGACUUACCUUAUGAUGGAGAUGUAGGAAUAUCCUGUAAAUACAAUAAUAAUUUAGGUAAUUUGAAUGAGUGUACUUCCACAAAAUAUAUUUCUGGUAUUUUAAACUUAUCCUGUUCUGAAGAUAACAAAAACAUAAAAGCUACAGCAAAUUAUGAAACUCAUCUACAGCCUGAAGAAUUCUCCAAGCACCACAGAGGUCCCACAGGAACAAUGGCACAUGCAGUUGCAAAGCCUGGGAGUGAAGCUUCCUUUAUGAAGGAAUUACCUGCUUGUGGUUUCAGUAAACCAGAUACCAAAGAACAUCCAGGUAACUCAAAAAUGUCCAGUGUCCUUCUGCGUCAUUUUUCUAUGGAAGAGUUAAUAAGCACCUGCCAGUUAAUUGAAUACGAGACAAUACCCGAGACAUCCUUUACUGAAAGUAUCAAUGACACCAUGCACAAACCUGAGCCUUCAGAACACGUCAAAUGCCCUUUAGCGCAUGAACAAUGGGCAACCAGCUUUGAAAAGCAUCACUUAGAAAAGCACACGGAAGCAAACACUGGUGAUAGAAAUAAAAAUUGGCUAAAUGAAAAUGGAUGGGUUUCAAAUAAGCCUAUUUCUUCUACUGAUAAGUGUGGGGGCAGACAAGAAAAUUCACAGUUGAUUAAUGAGAAUGAAGAUAGACACAUCUUCCCACACAUGAAAGAAGAGAGGGACCUGUUUAAGAAAACAGUUUCAUCUCACGAACUCAAAUAUUGCCAAGGUCAAGCUCACUAUGGCCUUCCUGACUUCUCUGAAGUUAAAGUACAGAAAAGCAGUGACAAUAUUAAUGCAGUUCCUGCAACUGAAAGAGCAAAAUCCUCCUCUCUUUCGCUACAUAAAUCACUAGUUGUGAACAACAUUCUAGAAAAUAAGAACUAUUCCAAUUCUGCUGAAGUAGAGAAUCAAGAAGAAAUGAGCAUUCCAGAACUGGUGCAACAGCUAAAGAUACCUCCUCAGUCAGACUCUCCGAAUGCCAGCAUUGCCAUUUACUCCGGACACACCGGGAAAUCCUCUGAAGUCUUUACACUACAUGCUCCUAUCCCUACACAAUCUACACAUGGUUUGUCUAAAGCAAGCUUACAGUAUGGAACAGCAGCAUCAGCAUUACCAGCAGCUGGUACACUAGAAACCAACUGUCUAUAUCCUUCUCAUUUACUGCCAGAACUAACACUAGGAGAAAAGAUGUCUCAAACACUACAGGAUCAAACAGAUCAACUGAUAAAGAAAGUGGAAGACUUCUCUAAGCACAUGACCCAAGAGACAUUCUUUGUACGAGACAACUAUCUGGCAUUAAAUCAAUUGAAAAGAUACCUCGCUGCCUUGGAAAGGAAUUACUUAACAGCUAGAGAAGAGCACCAUAACUUACAGCUGCAGAACUACAAGGACAAGUCUAUCAACAUUGGAGAGUUUGAUCCUGAAAGAAAGGUGGAAGGGGAAAUAUUUAGACUUGGCAUGCUGCUUGAAGACAUCCAAGAACAAACUGAUGACAGCAAAAACAACUUGUCAUCUUUGCUUACUUCUGAUGAGUCUGCCCAUUCAUCAUAUUCUCUUUGUGAGAGCUCAGUAGUCUCAAGCAUUUCUGAUCCUCCCAAAAGAAGAGCUGCCAAAACUCCAUUUCUUCAUGAGAACAACGAGAAGGGCAAGAGUCAGACAACUGAUCCAAUCCCACCGACAAAUCAAUUUGCUUUAGAAGGGGACAAGUGCAAUCUUUGUCUUCACACGUUACAGAAGAGAGCUGAAUCAACUUCCAGAAGAGAAACAGAGCCCCUGCAAAAAGGUCUGCUAGCAAACAAGCAUUCUUCCAACAUAAUGAGAUUGCUUUCACCUGAGAAAAAAUACACUGCUGAAGGUCUUGCAUCCCAUUGUCAGGGUGCAUUAAGUCAAAAAUUUAAUGCUGAUGAAGAAAGUAUGAAUGGAAAUAAAAAUAUCGAGGAAAGGAAGACUGGAACAUGUUCACUGUUCAUUCAGAGAAAACCAACUGAUUUAUCAGAUACCAACCUGAGCAGCGAUUCAGAAGACAUCUCAACCUAUGAUUGUUAUGACGAUUCACAAAGUAAGGAACUUGUGAACCGGGAGACUGAAAGUUACAAAACAUUCAAUACAAGAUUCUGUGAACUUAGAUGCAGAUGCCCUAGAGGAAGCAGAGAUCAAUUUAAAUUUGGGAAUUACAAAGAGUCUGCUCAGUCUUUUGCCCUAUGUAGAAAUAAAAGUUCUGCUUCAACCUCUUACUCACAGAAGAGAACCUCCACUCAAAAGGCUCAAAAAAAUAAACAGCCACGUGAACUUAUAAACAGAUUUUCUGAAAGCAUUCGUCAAUAGCAGUAAUUGCCUGGAAGUACAGCAGCUGCACUUGAGAAUCAAUGGCAUAGAUGAUUAUAUGAGAGAAAGUAACAGCACCAAAAAUGUGAUGUUAUGACUGAUUUCCUUACUUUGCAUCCAGGAGUGUUUUCUGUCUUACUGCAAUACAGAUGUGAUACAAAUUAUGAUGGACUGUGUUUUACAAUUAAAUGAAAUAUUCUACUCACUGUAAAAUUAACUUGCAACUAAGCAUGCUAUCAAGGUAUGUUUAAUUCAUAGUUUAAAAAUUCUUAUACUUACUAAGAUUGUUUUUGUUUUACUCUAUGUAUCUAAUCUUUAGGCAAAACUUUGAGACUGCCAAAACCUGCUAUUCAAGCACAUGUGAUAGAAUUAUCCUUUCACCUCACUUACCCAGCAAGAAAUCUGCCCAAAGCAAAUCUGCAAUCAACAUCAGAAACAGAAAUACCAAUUAUUUCGAAGCAAAUGUAAGACUUUAGACUGAAAAUCCAAAAGCACACAACUAUCUCUGGCAGAGUACAUCCCCACAUCACAGCACUGUUGAACAUCUCCAUUCAUAGCAAAUUGACUAUUAGAAUCUAAACGUGUAUAGUCCAUUUGAGUAUAAGACAGGAAGAGUUAAAAAAACCAAGUAUGUUAACCUACAUAUUAGUAUAUUACUUCAUGUGAGUAUGUUACAGACUUUUAUGCAACUCAGUCCCUGUAUAAAUGGUGAAAGGGACAGAAAAGGAACACUGGAUCUAACCUCUGGAAUUAUGUUUCAUAUACUGAAACAAGUUAUGUGACCCUAACCAUACAAACCACCACCAAAAGCAGAAGAAAACCCCCAUACAAACAAACAUGCACCACAUCAGGGCUGCUAUUUUAGAAAGGUAUAGAUCUCCCUUAGUUUAAAGGAUUACACAAUCAAAGAGACAUCAAUAACAGAUAGUUCCGACGUGGAUCCUGAAGCAGUCUAUCACAUGCCUCAGAAUUUUUACUUCUCAAUAUGUAUUCAGAGUGAACAUGCUACAUAGAACUUCAAUUAAACAUCACUUUCUACUCUAUAUCUAUUGUAAACAUUUGCCUCCAGUAUUAACAAGGCUAUAUUUUGUCAUUCCAAACAGAGUUUAAGUGCUACUCUGGAUCAUGCCAUACAGACGGCAAACAGUUUGAAGAAAGCUACUGAGCGAAUGGUACAAGCAGUUUCAGAAGAUCUAGCUAAAGUUAAAAGAAAACAGGUUAAAUUAUCCAGUUUCAAACGUGAUGUUGUUUUGUGAUAUUUAUAGUUAGAAACUAUUAUCCAGAAAAACAUUAUAGUUAUUUCCACUAAAAAUUUAUUCUAAGUUUUGAAACACAUGACAUUUGAUGAACCAGUCAAAUUAAAAAGGUGUUGUUCCUAUAUUCUCAUUGAAAAUAAAGUCAGUAUGUGUUAUAUACCUAAUUCACGUAGGUGCAUUUGAAAACUACAUCCACUCUGCCUCAUUAUCCCUUGGGUCCUGCAACAUUUUAGAGUUGUUAUAUGAUGUCUUCACACUGCAUUCCUCCCCAGUGUAGGGGGAUUACUGGAUGUUUUUCCACCUUCUGAUUAACUUUGAAUUAACUCACCUAGCAAAGAUAUUCUCUUAACCUACUAGUUAACCUGAGGGCAAAAUUAAGGGAAAGACACAAAACCACCUUUCUGCAAAACAAAAAAUGCAUACAAUUGGGAAAAAUGUAAAUAAAAAGUAAUGAGCAAUCUUUUUCACUAUGACAUCUCAGAUUCUACAUACAAUCAUUUCACUGCACAUCAACACAACAUCCCUUUAAAAGUUUAGAAAAUUAUUUAAAUGUAAACUUAAGACAAAUCUAAAUAUUACCAGUAUUACAGAAUUAAUACAAUUAAUAAUUUAUUUGAUCUCCUUCAACACAAAUUUAUAUAUUUCUUAGUAUGUAACAACAUAGAAGAAAACAGUUCAUUCUCUUCAAUGCAUCAGGCUUUGGUAUUUGGUUUGGAUUUUGCUUUUCUUUUUUAAAUUACCAAGCCAUUUGAAAGAUUCAGCUGCUUCCCUUCUUUUCCUUUCCUUUUCCCUGCUGCCACUCCCACAAAAAGAGAAUUUACGGUCAAAAGUUUGGAUCUUUUAUCUCACAGGCAAUUCAACUAUAAAACAGAUAGACUAUGUAGACACAAUCAUAAGGAAGUUUGCAAAAAAUUAAGUUAUUUUAAACCUUUAGUAAUAAUCCCUGUAUAUACUUAAAUACAAAGUGUACUUCAGUGCACAGUUGACAGCAUUUCUCCAAAGUUAUUUAUUGAAAUUAUAACUGCUUAGUACUUCCGUGAUUAACUUGCUACCUUAACCCACCACCAUAAAUAAAGCUUUUGAUUUUUCACAAUUA